CCUCUAACUCACAUCCGAGGCUGGGCGAGAAAUCCGGAGAAGAGAUUUUCCUCAUGCUCACCGUUGUUGGAAACUGGGAGAGCGAGAGGAAGGAGGAAGGGGAUCUGUGGCGCUCUCUACCUACUACAAACCUGACAAGGGGAGGGGGCACCUAGAUUUGCAUCUUUUCUUCGUGGUGAUUGAGAACUGCAGGUUCAAUCCGAUCCCACUGAUCACUGGCGAUUAUUUUCAAAAAAAAAUCGACACUUGAAGAAGGGAGUCUCUGCCUUCCGCUGUCAGACUCAAUCUCGGAGGUGGUAUUGGCGUGUGUGUGGUGCUGUUUUUUUUUUUUUUUCCUUCCCCUGUCUUUCUUUCUUUCGUUCUUCUUUCUUUCUUGCUUUCUUCUUCUUCUUCUUUUUUUCUUUCCUUCUCUCCUAGGGGCUACACAAUGACAAUCCUCUCUCAUUAAGAUGAAUCCUGCUUUGGCAUCUGCAGAUCCACCCAUCCUCAUAGCGACCAAGUAAAAGGCUAUGGUUUUCUCUUUGGGGAUCUUUUGUGCAUUACUGUUCUCCCUGAUUAGUUCUGGCCUCAGUUGGGAUUUCUUUGCUUUUUUGUUUGGCUUCAUGCUGAAAAAGGAUUUUCUUUCCAGCCCUUUGGUAAUAAUACAGUUGUGAUCAAGGGGGAUAAAUCGUUCAACCUGGCCGAAAAAAAACAAUCACUGAGAAGUCUCAAAGAAAUACACCACGUGAGGGGAAAAAACUGGGAGAAGAUCCGGAAUAUUAUCGUUUUUCCUAUGGUAAAACCGGUGCCCCUCUUCAGGAGAACUGAUUUCAAAUUAUUAUUAUGCAACCACAAGGAUCUCUUCUUUCUCAGGGUGUCUAAGCUGCUGGAUUGCUUUUCGCCCAAAUCAAUGUGGUUUCUUUGGAACAUUUUCAGCAAAGGAACGCAUAUGCUGCAGUGUCUUUGUGGCAAGAGUCUUAAGAAAAACAAGAACCCAACUGAUCCCCAGCUCAAGGGUAUAGUGACCAGGUUAUAUUGCAGGCAAGGCUACUACUUGCAAAUGCAGCCCGAUGGAGCUCUCGAUGGAACCAAGGAUGACAGCACUAAUUCUACAUUGUUCAACCUCAUACCGGUGGGACUGCGCGUUGUUGCCAUCCAGGGAGUGAAGACAGGGUUGUAUAUAGCUAUGAAUGGAGAAGGUUACCUCUACCCUUCAGAACUUUUUACCCCUGAAUGCAAGUUUAAAGAAUCUGUUUUUGAAAACUAUUAUGUUAUCUACUCAUCCAUGCUGUACAGACAACAGGAAUCUGGUAGAGCCUGGUUUUUGGGAUUGAAUAAGGAAGGGCAAGUUAUGAAAGGAAACAGAGUAAAGAAAACAAAACCAGCAGCUCAUUUUCUACCCAAGCCAUUGGAAGUUGCCAUGUACCGAGAACCAUCUUUGCACGAUGUUGGAGAAACAGUCCCGAAGCCUGGGGUGACCCCAAGUAAAAGCACAAGUGCGUCUGCAAUAAUGAAUGGAGGCAAACCAGUGAGCAAGAGUAAGACAACAUAGCCAGAUCUUCACAGGUGUUGUGACUUAUUCGUCCUGAGCACAGUUGAGUGAUUUAUCCUUACCAGACAUUCCUGCUCCUGUGGCUGAGGAGCAGCUGGAAGUAAGCAAAUGCUUGCUCUUUGCUGUCUCAGAACUUCCUUGUUGCAAGUGGAUAAAUCUCAACCUGUUGCACCCCCCACAACAAGAAGACACCUGGAUAACCAGCUAAACUCAGACCAUGGAAUGCCCUACCAGAUAUGGAAUGCCUUUUUAAUAUCUUUUCUGUGACUGUGACACUUCAUGUGAAUGACAUACUUCACAAGUACACUUGAUACCUUGCCUGCUGACAGUUGCCCAUAAUCAUUUUUGAGUCCUGUUUCAGCGAAAUCCAUGUGUUUAAGUUCAGUUUUGUAGCAUACAACUAAUAUUGAGUAAUUUCUAGUUAGACGCUGUAAACCUGUGCUAUUAUGGAUUUCUCUUUUUCCCAUUUUUACAGGGCUGCUCGCUCCCCUGUCUGUGACCUUUUGCAGGGAUUGUGUCCUCUAAAUCUUAAAUGUUGCAGUUGGCUUAGGUUGGAGAGCAAUCAGGGAAUCAGGAAGCCUUCUAAACCUAUUAUUACAAGUCACACCUAUAAAGAUUAAUAUUGUUGUCUCUGGCUCACACUAUCGAUUAAACACACAUAUACGCUUAUCCAGUAGCAGAUAAUGUGCCCAAGGUUGGCAUGGCUGGGGUGGGAAAUGGGUCAAACACAAUCCAUGGGAAGCUCUCUCUCUGAUACGUGUUUGGCAUCCCCUAAAGUUUCUUUGUGUGUGUGUGUUUUAUACAUAUCACAAGCUUACUGGUAAUGGUAACAUUUGCCUUGCCCAGCGAGCAAGACCCACUGGUUUUUGGGAAAGUGGGUCCAAAGAACUCUGUAGGCCUUGUAGGCCUGAUUAAGGUUCAUUUUUCAUCAACUAAUCCUCAUUUGGGAGAAAAAAAAAAAAAAAAAAAAAGACAGAAAACCCAAUAAUCACAACCUACAA